UAUCACCCGUUACGGAAGAUGAAACAUAAACAUGGCAGCAAUAGCAGUGGUGGAAAGUCCGUCAGGGAAGGAUGCGUUUGCCGAGGGAUUGAUCGACUUGCUGAAACCAGCCGUUCAGCAACUGGACUUGCAUGUACACUCUGUCAGGGAAAGUCAAGUAGAGCUACGUGAGCAUAUUGACAACCUUGCCACGGAGCUUUGCAGGAUCAAUGAAGAUCAGAAGGUAGCACUGGAUUUGGAUCCAUACGUCAAAAAACUUCUGAAUGCAAGACGCCGUGUGGUUUUGGUCAACAAUAUCCUGCAGAAUGCACAGGAAAGACUGAGACGAUUAAAUCAUAACGUUGCAAAAGAGACUGCUCGUCGGAAGACCAUGCUUGAGACGUCGGGUGUUUUUACCCCAAGAUCCCCCAGCAAAUAACAAAUUGGUUCACUAUCGUUAUCUGUUAAUACAAAAUUGAGAAGAUGUAUGCAUUUUAGAUGCUUAGGAAACUGAAAGAUGUCUAUAUGUUUUUCUGAAUUUCAAAAGCCUAUGUAUA